GCCACCAAGUCUCGGUGCCCGCAGUAGUGAGGCUUGUGUGGCUGCCACACGUCAGACCCAGAGCGCUUAGCAGGUGGCUGCUCGGGGAGGCUGUGUCGCUGCAGCCUGAGGGUGACUGCGUGCGUGCGGGGGCGAAGCGGCUCGAGGUGACACCGCAAGUGUUUUGACGCGCUGCGGCCCUGCAGGCGCUUCAGCUCCAGCCCUUCCUUGAGAGGGAAACCAGGUGAUGGCAGCCAUGAUCCCAUCGGUUUGGCCCCAGAAGUCGGUGACCUUUGAGGAUGUAGCUGUGUACUUCACCCAGACGGAAUGGAGUGGUCUGUCCCCUGAGCAGAGGGCGCUGUACAGGGAUGUCAUGCUGGAGAACUAUAGGAACCUGGCCUCCGUGGGAUUUCCACUUGUCAAACCUGCUGUGAUCUCACAGCUGGAGGAAGGAAAAGACUUGGAAAACCUGUCUCAGCUGGCCACUGGAACAGGCUCCCAGGGCCUCUGGACUGAAUACAGUACUAUCCAGACUGGCAAUAAUUUGACAAAAGAAGAGUGGGAGGAAAAAAAGAGUAUAUUAUUUGAACUUCAGAAGGACUUUUCCCAGGAAACAAAUGUUUCAAAAACUUAUAUUGUUGACCAACAACCGGAAGUCCAGUCAACAGGAAGUGUGAAGGAGAGCAUCAGUGUCACUGAUGGAAGAGCUAAGACAAGCUCCAUGGAGAGGUAUUCAUUGUGUCAGACUCCAAACUUGUCCCAGAAUCAUAACAACUCCACUGGAGAACAAUAUUCUGAUACCCAGCUUACUAAGAAUGAAAAAAGUACUACAGAGGAAAGGCCGCUGAAGCACAAAGAAUUAGCAGCAACCUCUCCGGGUAGCUCUCAAGUGAAUCAGCACCCAGAAAGCUGUGACGUGGAAAAGCCCUAUCAGUGUACAGAAUGUGGCAAAGCCUUCAGCGUGAAAGCAAAAUUUGUUUGGCAUCAAAGACUUCAUAAUGGAGAGAAGCCUUUCAAAUGCGUGGAGUGUGGGAAAUGUUUCAGCUACAGCUCACACUAUAUUACGCAUCAGACAAUCCACAGUGGAGAAAAGCCGUACCAGUGUAAGGUGUGUGGUAAAGCCUUCAGCGUUAAUGGGAGUCUCGUCAGACACCAGAGGAUUCACACGGGAGAGAAGCCCUAUCAGUGCCAGGAGUGCGGGACUGGCUUUGGCUGUAGUUCUGCAUACAUUACACACCAGAGAACCCACACUGGGGAGAAGCCGUAUGAGUGCAGUGACUGUGGGAAAGCAUUCAAUGUUAACGCAAAGUUAAUUCAGCAUCAGAGAAUUCACACUGGAGAGAAACCGUACGAGUGCAAUGUGUGUGGGAAGGGCUUCAGGUGUAGCACCCAGCUCAGGCAGCACCAGAGUAUCCAUACUGGAGAGAAGCCGCAUCGCUGCAGUGAGUGUGGGAAAGGCUUCACUAAAAAUGCAAAGCUCAUUCAGCACCAGAGAGUCCACACGGGGGAGAAGCCCUACGAGUGCAGCGACUGCGGGAAGACUUUCAGUGCCAAAGGGAAGUUAAUCCAGCACCAGAGAAUCCACACGGGCGAGAGACCGUAUGAAUGUAGCGAGUGUGGGAAAUCUUUUAGGUGUAACUCCCAGCUUCGGCAGCAUCUACGAAUCCAUACUGGGGAGAAGCCAUAUAAGUGCAAUGAAUGUGGAAAGGCCUUCAAUGUUAAUGCAAAACUAAUGCAGCAUCGGAGAACUCACACAGGGGAGAAACCUUUUGAAUGUAAUGAAUGUGGGAAGUGCUUUACUUCUAAGAGAAACCUGCUUGAUCAUCAGCGAACCCAUACUGGAGAAAAGCCAUAUCAGUGUAAGGAGUGUGGGAAAGCUUUCAGUAUCAAUGCCAAGUUAACUAGGCAUCAGCAGAUACACACUCGGGAGAAGCCGUUCAAGUGUAUGGAGUGCAAGAAAGCGUUCAGCUGUAGUUCUGACUAUAUUGUGCACCAGAGAAUCCACACUGGAGAGAAACCCUUUCAGUGCAGUGAGUGUGGCAAAGCCUUCCAUGUCAAUGCUCAUUUAAUUAGACACCAGAGAAGCCAUACAGGGGAAAAGCCUUUCCGAUGUGUGGAGUGUGGCAAAGGCUUCAGCCUCAGUUCUGACUGUAUUAUACACCAGACUGUCCAUACUUGGAAGAAGCCCUAUGUGUGUAAUGUGUGUGGGAAAGCUUUCAGGUUUAGCUUCCAGCUUAGUCAGCACCAAGAUGCUCAUAGUGAAGAGAAGUCCUAAUAGACAAAGAAAGCA